AUGCAAAGCUCCAAGGUUCAAGUCACCUUCGGUUCUGAAACCUUAUAUUACAAAUUGACUGACGAUCCUGAUGAUUUCAUUUAUGCUGUUUGCACUACAUUUAAAAUCAAACAGUUCGACGCAAAGUAUCGAUUAUUUUCAUAAUAGAGUAGAUUGGAAAUAAACAAAAAUUAGGUAUAAAUUUUCGAAUUUCGAAAUCCCAAUUUAAUAAAGAAGGAUGUCAUGUUUAAGAUAUAAUAAUCGGGAUGCAAGUCCAUUGAAAUUAUUGAAUUUAAUGAUAAAUAAAAUCAAUUUUUUGAAGCAUUUGUUAGGGGGAAUACAAUUGAAUGUUGCACCAGAUUAGAUUGCAAAUUAUGCUUGGGAACUGGAAAAGCAAUCAUUAAAGAAAGCGAUUAGCCAUUCAUAAAUGAAGUUGUUAAGAACAAACUAAACGAAAGACUACCGGAUAUUAGUUAGAUAAUUCAAAGAAGAGACUAGACAAAAAUCACUUCUCCAGAAGAUUUUUUGAAAUACCAUAAUAGUAUCAAAAAGUGUCUUAAGCAAGAAUAUUUAACAAUAACACCUGAUAUGAUAGUUAUUCAAAAUAUCUAAGAGAGCGAUGUUAUUUAGCAGGAUGAUAGAUACAAUCAUAAAUACAAAGUAAAAAUAAUUGAAAAGUCUAAUUUUGAAGGGGAAGUAGGAGGUGAGGCUGUAAUGCAAUUAAGGUAUAUGAAUGAUGGAUUUCAUAAUUGGCCUUAAAAAGUGUAAUUGGUUUGCAAUGAAGGCCCGUUUUAGAUCAGAUAGGAUAUCAAAUCAGCAAUUAAAUAGUAGACAAUAAACUAAGAAAUAAAAAUCCACAUUCCCGAUAUCCCGUAGAAUUAGUACGAGUUCUAAUGUAGAUUUGAAUAUCAAAAUGAGCAUAAUGAAAGGAUUCAAUUUGGACCAGUCAUAAAGUUAAAGUUAAUUGUGAAAGACAGGAAUGGAAAAUCAACCAAACAUUACAAUUUUGAUGAGCUAAAUAGAAAAUUAAUCCCUGAAAUUAAGAGUCAACUAGUUUAAAUGGGAUAUUUGAAUGAAAUUAAUAUAAAUAGGAUAGAAGCCAUACUCUAAAAAUCAACAUAUAGAAUGCUAACUUUAGAGGGGUUUAUGAAUGAGUUUUUUUUGGAAUGA